AUGUAUAAGCUGAUCUCCUGGUGUUUGCUUUUCAUGGGAUGUUUACAUCCUCUCCUUGCUCUGCCUGUCCCUGACUCCAGGGAAGAGACCCUGCGGCUCUCAGCACCUGAUGGAGACACGAGACCAGACUUGGAUGAACUGGAAAGGGUGUCCCUCCUGCAAAUGCUGCUGGAGAUGUCAGGGGCAGAGAGGGGUGAUGGUCUCAGGAAGGCAGGUCUCGGUACCAACAUUGCUAACACUAGAGGAAGUAUGAAAAAGUUUCAAGACUUCUCUGGACGAGAUCCUAACAUUUUCCUGAGUCAUCUUUUGGCCAGAUACAGGAAACAAGAUGAGAAACGUGGGUCUCCUUCUGAAUGCUUCUGGAAAUACUGUGUCUGA